GAGCUGUUGGCUCGCUGCCUCCUCCUGCCAACGACGACGACGACGACUCCGGCCCAUUUGUUUUUGUUUGUCCUCCGUCGCCCGCACAUCCCGUGCGCCGAGGCCGACCGCACGUACACCCACCACGCGCCCAAAACUAGUCGGGGCCGGCGCGGAACCAGCGAUCCCUGUCCGACCCCUUCACUCAGUGGUGUCCGCCUGCCUGCACACGGCCGGCUUGCCAUGGCCGUCGCGAGGCUGGUGGCGGCGGCUCCAAUCCCGGUCGCCGCGUCGCGCCUCCGGGGGCCCCGGCCGGCCGCGUCGGUGCCCCGCGCGGCGCCGCGGCUGCUGGUGCUCGCGCCCCUCCCGGUGCGCCCGCGCGCGCGCGCGGCGGCGGACGACGAGGCCGUCGUCGCCGGCGAAGCGGCGGACGGCGACGGCGAGGCCGCGCGGCGGGCGGUGUCGGAGCGCGCGGCGCGGAAGCAGUCGGAGCGGCGGACGUACCUGGUGGCGGCGGUGAUGUCCAGCCUCGGGAUCACGUCCAUGGCCGCCGCCGCCGUCUACUACCGCUUCGCCUGGCAAAUGGAGGGCGGCGAGAUCCCGGUGACGGAAAUGGUGGGCACCUUUGCGCUUUCGGUGGGCGCCGCGGUCGGGAUGGAGUUCUGGGCGCGGUGGGCGCACCGGGCGCUGUGGCACGCGUCGCUGUGGCACAUGCACGAGUCCCACCACCGCCCCCGCGACGGGCCCUUCGAGCUCAACGACGUCUUCGCCAUCGUCAACGCCGUCCCGGCCAUGUCGCUCCUGGCCUACGGCUUCUUCAACCGCGGCCUCGUCCCCGGCCUCUGCUUCGGCGCGGGCCUGGGGAUCACGCUGUUCGGGAUGGCGUACAUGUUCGUGCACGACGGCCUCGUCCACCGCCGCUUCCCCGUGGGCCCCAUCGAGAACGUGCCCUACUUCCGGCGCGUCGCCGCCGCCCAUCAGAUUCACCACAUGGACAAGUUCCAGGGCGUGCCCUACGGCCUGUUCCUCGGCCCCAAGGAGCUGGAGGAGGUGGGAGGGACCGAGGAGCUGGAGAAGGAGAUCAACAAGAGGAUCAAGAGGAAAGGGACCUUAGAUACUGUCCAAUAAGAGCUGCCUGCCUGCCUGCCUGCUAUAUAUACCUGAAGCAGCCCAUUCCGCUGAUUCUGUGCUUUCACAUUAGAUCUUUUCACAUCUUCUAGUGCUCUGCUGUGUAGCCGUUAGUCCCUUACAUAUAUACUAUACCACUAGUCCACUAGUGUGUGUGCGCGCGCGCGCAUUUCCUCCUUUCUUCUGUCAAUAGGAGAGCAGAGGAUUAAUUCAGUUACAUGUGGCAGCUCGUGCA